AAUGACACAAAUCACCCUCCGGCAGAAACUAGACCUGAUCCCAGCCAUCGCAUCAGUCUGGCUGACUAUUAUCUUCGCCGCGCUAACCGGCUUAUUCCAACGCCGAGCUAAGACGUGGUACUUGCAUAUAUGUUACGCAGUCUUGCGAAAGGUUACCCGGCGACUAUCGCCGUUGCAGAUGCAAUGGGUGUCCCCCUCUACAAGCGCAAUGUACAACAAGUACAUGACCAAAACUAAACAACCACCGCGCACCGUCUCCCUAGAAUCCGGUGCUUACAGUCACUGGAUCGGAUCCCCUGACGCCUCGCAUGUGCUUAUCUGGUACCACGGCGGCGGCUUCGGGCUCCCAGCAAACAGAGGCUACUUUAAAUUUUUCGCGCGACUGCUGGCCGACGCGAAUAAAUCGCAGCCAAACUCGCUAUCUGUGUUCUGUCUGAGUUAUACGCUCGCUCCGCACGCGCAGUACCCAACCCAACUCCGCCAAGCAGUCGACUGUCUACGCCAUGUGUUGGAAACCCAUACACCAGAGAAGGUGUUAUUAGGUGGCGAUUCCGCCGGUGGAAACCUUGUCGGCGGGGUGCUCUCGCAUCUCGCGCACACCCACCCCGAAAUCAAACCCAUCAACCUCUCCGGCGCCCAAAUAAAGGGCACCAUAAUGCUAAGCCCCUGGACAUCGCUGGACAGCGAAUUCCCCGACCAAACCAUCGAUUCUCGGGGCGACAUUGUCACCGAGUAUGUAGCGGGCCCCUGGGCAGGGGGGUACCUUGGUUCGGCGGCACGAGACUUUUACACGGAUCUGUCGCGGGCGCCGACGGAGUGGUAUGCGGAUUUUCCGGUGGAGCGGAUGCUUGUUUGUGCGGGGGGCACGGAGAUUAUGCUUCCGUUGUUGGAGGAUUUGGUGGAUAAGAUGAAGGCGGGGAGGAAGGUGGAAUUUGUCGUUGGGGAGAGGGAGUGUCAUGUCGCGCCGGUUUAUCAUUUGUAUGUUGGGGAGGGGACGGAGACGGAGCAGGGGAGGGAGGUUAAGGUGUUUUUGGGGGAGUGCAUCGGGAAGGCGUAGUAGCGCAUCGGUCAUAGUAGUAUUUAUGCUCAUGAUUAAGUACAUAGGAAAUGAUACCAGUGCAUAAGGCAUAUUCAGUACACAAGAUGAUAUUCACAUACAGAAUCGGAAUAAUCAUACAAAUCAUACAUAACAAUACAUAACUAAAUCAUUGCUCACUUUGUUCCCAUUUGCGCAACUUCCGCAAAAUCCCCGAUCCAAUCCCCCGAGCAGCCUCCUGCAUCCAUGACGGAAACGCUCUAACCAGCGAAUAGUGAGCCAGCCGCGAGGGCAGGAUAACCUGGCCACUGCUCUGUGUCAGGAUCUGCUUGACGACUGCCGCUGACACGGUCUGGGGUGUCAACACCGGCUGAUUGAAUUGGUCACCGGCGUCGGUGAGCUGCUUAAUCAUGGCUGUGCGCACCCAGAGGGGGUGAAUCACACUGCGUGCGUUAG